AUGAUUCCCCACCAUCCUCAACAUGCUGUACCUCAGUAUCCUGCAGCAGGAAGAGCUGUGAUGACUGGUGCUCGUGCAUCUGGGCCGAGUAUUCUGCCAUCUAUGGUCGGUCAGGAUGUUAAUCAAGUAAGUCAGCUUGGAGGGAGAAGAGUGUUACCCACUGAUCCGCGUUUACACCAAAUCAUCGGACGGGCCGCUGCUGCGAAGCGGAAACGGCGUUUAGCUGAUCGUCUACUUACAAAAACUGUACGAGAAAUCAUUCCAGAAUCUGAGUCGUACAUGGAACUUUUGGAAGUUGAAAAGAAAUUAGAUUUCGUCCUAAUGCGUAGACGCCUAUCACUUCAGGAGGCAAUGAAAAAGCCUUUUAAAGUGAAGCGUAAACUGCGAGUUAUGCUGAGUAGUACUUUCAAACCUGGCUCCACAGUUGUACCUGUUGGAUCUGAUGGACAACCUACUCCUGGUGAUUGUGCACCAGGUUGGGAAUUGAAAGUUGAAGGACAGUUGCUUGAUAAACCGGGUCAACCAAGUAAUAAUGAUCCUAAGUGUCGUAGAAAAUUCUCGUCAUUCUUUAAAUCUCUUGUAAUUGAAUUGGAUCGUGAGCUGUAUGGCCCGGAUAAUCAUUUGGUUGAAUGGCAUAGAACAGCUACCACAGCUGAAACAGAUGGAUUUCAGGUGAAACGUAGAGGCGAUAGUAACGUUCGUUGUACAGUACUGUUAAUGCUGGACCACCAACCUCCACAGUACAAGUUAGAUCCUCGAUUAGCUAGGAUACUGGCUCUUCAUACUGGUACACGUUCACAAAUAUUCUAUGCUUUAUGGAACUACAUAAAGACGCAUAGAUUACAAGACCCUAAUGAAAAAGAUUUUAUCAACUGUGAUUCGUACUUAGAACAAGUAUUUGGCUGUCCACGUAUGAGAUUUGCUGAUAUACCAAGUCGUUUGGCACCAUUACAACAGCCACCAGAUCCCAUAAUUAUUAAUCACAUUAUUACAGUUGAGGGUGACGGUCCUAAAACAGCGUGCUAUGAUAUUGAAGUUGAAGUGGAUGACAUAUAUAAAGGUAUGGUGCAUAGUUAUCUAACCAGCACACAUUCUAACCAAGAGCUAGUCGCGAUAGACAAUAAAAUACACGACCUAGUUGAACAAAUCAAUCAAAUGAAAGUACAUCGAGAAUUUUACUUAGAAUUUAGUCGUGACCCUCAAGCUUUUAUAUCACGUUGGUUAGCUAGUCAAUGUCGUGAUUACUGGAGUUUUUACAAUGCAAACUGGACACAAGAAGCAGUAAUGCGUUACUUUUAUAAUCGAAUAUCUCAAAGGCGACAGGAUUUAGAACAUGCACUGGGUCUUAACAAUAAUUAA